GAACGGCAUUGCAGAGAUUACUCAAAGCCUCUCGAGGAGCUCUUCGGAUGGCGAGGACGGCGGGCAGAGGAGAGAGAAAGGAGCCAUCGCGCGCGGUAGCGGUUUCAAAAGCGCUGAGCUACGUCCUGCGCCACGCGGCGGAGCGAGAAGGUGUGAAAAUCGACAGUCAAGGUUAUGCGAAUGUGGGCGAACUGCUGCUAUGGAGAAAGCUGAAAUCGCUUAAAGUGACAUUCCCCGAUAUCAUCGAGGCCGUGUCAUCAUCGGAUAAGCAACGAUUCGGACUUCUCUACGUCCCUUCGACCUCGAGCUCGCACAGCCAUGAUUCCCUGACUCAGGACGCCGCGCUACAAUCGGCCGAGGAGAACGCGUCCAAAGACCCCGGGGCUAACGAAGAUGCGACGGCGCAAGCCCUCGCCGCCAGCGCCGACGACACCGAUCCUUCGCACUACCUCAUUCGAGCCAGACAAGGCCACAGCAUCAAAUCCAUCGAGGCUUCGUCUCUCCUCAAAAUGCUCUCUCUGGAGGAUGACAACCUUCCGGCGACGGUGGUGCACGGGACAUACCACGCGGCGUGGCCGAAAAUACUCGAGACCGGAGGUCUUAAGUGCAUGGGCAGGAAUCAAAUGCAUUUUGCUACCGGACCGGCGCUGUCUCAAGUGCUACCCACUGGUGAUGGAGGAGACGUCGUCAUUCCUUCAAAGUUGAAAGGCCGGUCCGCCGGUGGUGGUGGCGGUGGUGACGGCUCGGUGAUCUCAGGAAUGAGGUCUGACUCGCAAAUAUUAAUCUACAUUGAUUUAAAGAAAGCUUUAGCUGCAGGAUGUCCGUUCUGGAUUAGUGAGAACGGCGUGAUUCUAAGUGAGGGGUUGGAAACCGGUGAUAGCCACGGGAAAGUCGUAGGGACAGAGUUUUUUGAUGUUGCCGUUGAGCUGAGGAGAGGUUUAGGCGUGCUGUGGGAAAAAGGCAGUUUGGUCCAGAGAACGCCGGAUUGGAUGCUCCAGGCAAAAGGUCCACCUGGGAAAGGCGAUAAGAGAAACCGCGGCCCCAAAGCAGCGCAGAAGCGGGCUCUGCCCCGAGUGCAUGUUGGGAAUGAUGCUGAUGGAGCAGAUGUUGCAGAUCAGCCUUAAUUGGCAGGUCACAGGGAUUGUGGACAAGCACUGGAGCUGCAUGUCUUGACAUGAGCUAUUUCUGUCGAAGUCGGUACGUUGAUAGUGAGCUUGCUCUCGAAUCUACUCUCUCCACAUCUCAA